AUGGCAGUGAACAGUUGUGGUUUAAGUAACAUCCAGCAGUUAAUAGAGUGUGGACAUUUGAAUGUUAACUCAAUAUUUUUUUUGGAUCAGUACAAACAAAUGAGUAUCCUUCAGUUUGCAAUCUUGAACUCAUACGACGAUCUCAUCGACUAUUUAUUGAAAAAUCACGUUGAUUUAAACGCCAGCACUGACUUUUUUUGGACGGCGCUCCACGUGGCGAUCGAAGAAAAGAAGCUUGACGUCGUGCAGAAAUUAGUAUUUUUCGGAGCUGACAUCAACAUAUUGCCAAACCAUCGUGCAGCUCAGCCACCACUUCACCAAGCCAUUCAAAGUGGUACCUAUGACAUCACCGAGUUUCUAGUGAAGUCAGGAGCCGACGUAAACUUCAUACCUUAUAAAGUUGAUUUAUCAUCAUUGGGGUGGUGCAGCUGGUCUCCUUUAAACUUGGCAAUUUCAUUAAUGAAUAUUCCUGUGAUUGAAUUGCUAUUGAAGCACAACGCCAUCAUCGAUCAAGGAUCUAGCGAACUACGCUCUUCUCUACAACUAGCUCUAUUAUCACACACCAACAGUAUUGAAAUUUUCCAAAUUCUGGAGAAGUUUGGAGCGAAGUUCGAAAUAAUCAAGGACGGAAAAUACACUUUAGAGUUUCUUACAGCUGUGGGCCGAGAUAACAUAGAAAUUUUCAACCUUUUUGUUAAAAAGUGUGACAAUUUUUUGGACAUUUCUAAUCGGGUCGGUGAUACCAUAGCUCAUGAAGCUGUAUUGUUAUGCAGUCAAAAUAUUUUACGAUAUUUACUGGACUGUGGGAUAAAUGUUAAUGUGGUUAAUAUCGAGGAUAAUGAAAGUUUUCUUGAUGUCGCGAAAGCAAUGAAUGAAACUUACGCGACUUAUGAAACAGAUGAUUUUUCGAUAAUAGUAAAAAUGAUCAAAAAGCACAUUAUUAAGUUAUCUGCAGCUGGUUUAUAUGUUAACACAAAGAAUUCAAAAGCUGUAAAUAGUAGGCAUUUUAGAUCGUUCCGUGAGAAGUGCGUGAAGGAAAUAAGUGAACUGAAAAUCAGGAAAAUAAGCGACACAAAUUUUAAUUAUUUCGAUGUAGUAGUUAAAAAUGUACAUAGAUUAGCUGUCGGAUUAAGACAUUCAGACUUUUGUUUUAUUGAAGACAAAAUAUUAACUGAAUUUCAAGCGUUGGAGUAA